UUGGCAUUUUGUGAAAAGGAACAGCAAGAACUUACAAAGAGAUUUAAAGAAAUUGAAGAACAGUUAACCAAAGAACAGUCUUCUGCCUUGAAUGUCAAACUUGAAGAUUCUGAAAAAAGCUCUCCUCUGAUCUGUGCUGGGGAUAACAGUGAUGAUGAUGUUGUUUUUAUUCUUCCUGAGGACUAUUCUCCUUUGAAAAGAAGGAAGCUUGAUGAUGACAAGAAAGCUGAGAAAACUGUUGAAAAUGUAGAGAAAAAAGAUGUCUCUAUUACCUACUUUAGACCAGCAACAAAUUUGCCACAUGCAAGAGAAAACUGUUCAAUCCACAAGUUUGUUCAGAGCAACGUAACAUCAUCGACGGUUUCAUGUAAUGAGAAGUACUGUGAACAGUGCUAUUGUUAUGUUUGUGAUGCU